CCAACUUCGAAAUCACUUCGAAAUGGACAUUUUGCUGAACGCUGAACAGUGCACUCAUCGGGACAGAAAAGGUCGGAUAGACUUGUAAUAACAGUAUCUUCUUAUUUUAUUUGAGCUGAGGAGCCCUCUGCGUUAUCCGACGCUUCUACGCAUCACUCGUUCAAAGUCCACUCACUAUGAAGCUCACACCGAAAGUGCUAGCCGCCCAGCACCCCUCCACCCCCCUCUCAGAGCUCGUCUCCACCAAAUGUUCCGGGAUGGAGAUAUCCCACAUUGAGGACCUGUCCGUCGCCGUGAACCUCCAUAAACUGGACCUCAGCAAGAACUCCAUAAAAAAAGCCGACGCGUUGAGCGGGAUAAAGCAUAACAAGGAACUGACGUUGUUGAACUUGUCCGGGAACGAGCUGGAGAGUUGUCAGGGGGUGGAGACGCUGGAGAAGUUGUUGGUUCUCAAUCUAAGUCACAACCAAGUGAAUAGGAUUUCGCAUCAUGUCAGCAAAUGUACGGCAUUGAAGGCUCUCAUUUUGAACCACAACAAGAUUGCCCGGAUAGAGAAUAUCUCGACCCUGUUGAAUCUAAAUACCAUUGUUCUAUCCCACAACAACCUAUCAAGCCUCGACGGUCUCGGUUCGCUAUCCAACCUCACAAAGCUCUCUGUAGCGCACAACCAGCUCCGCCUCUUCCCCGACCUUCGUUUACUGCCCGCGCUCAAAGAACUCCGCCUAAACGACAACAAAAUCCUCAACAUCCCCGACCACAUCCGCUCAUUACCUGCGCUCGAAAUCCUGGACAUGGGAAACAAUCUAUUGAAGGGGAUGGCCGACAUUGCCUCGUUGGCCUCGCUACGGGCUUUGGUCAAUCUGAACCUGAAGGGCAACCCGUUGGUGCAGAAGGAGAAGGAGAGGGCGGCGGAAGCGAAUAAGAAGGCGGACGAUGAGUACCGACAGAGCAUAUUGACUUUGUGUCCGUCGCUGAGGGUGUUGGAUAAUGAUCGGUUUGAUCCGAAGUUUUUGGAGAGGAAGACGAAACGGAAGGCUUUGGAAUUGAAGAAGCAUAUCCAAAGCCAGAAGGCUAGUGUUCCGGUGCUUGAGGAGGGAGCAGAACGCGCGGAGGAGGGGGAGGGUCGGCCUGCCAAGAAGCGGAGAAUUGAAGGGGAGCAGGGGCCGAAAGCGAAACCGGAUGGUGACGGAGAGAAGAUGGAGGUGCAGAAGGAAAAGGCCGGCGAUCUACCGCUCAAGCGUAAGCGCGAUGCGGAAGCGUCGGCGCGAAAGCCCUUUGACCGUUCACAAAAGAGACCUCGCCCUGAGGCAAGCAUAGCGUCGCUCGCAGGUGACAAAGCCAUUUCAACAAAGGCGAAAGCAGACGUAGCGCGGAAACAAGGAACAGAAGGCAGGAAAGCCGUCGUCCCGGCGAAGAAAACGAAUCCGAAGGAUAAGGCAAAUGGGAAAGACGUGAAGGGAGAUGGAAAGAAGCGGGCAGCGAAGGAGAAACCAGAAGCCGAUGCAGCCGACCCGUUUUUCUGGGCGGAUGCGAAAGCGGCAUCACCCAAGCCAGCAAAGAGAGGGUCGGAGACAAGUGGCGUUACCGGCAGCAAGCCUGCAGCCGACUCCGCUGGGGCCAAAGGCCGGAAAAAGACAGCUGCACCAGAAGCUGGACCAACGCGAGAAUCGCCGUCAAAGAAAGCUUCCCAACCACCGAAACCGGAUGCAAAUACUCCCAUGGCACCCGACCCUCGCACAGAACCCACUCCUCGACCGCCCGUCGAAGACACAACUCCAGCCCGAUCAGGAGUCCUCGCAGUUGUCGAUGUCAAGGCGAAAGCGCGGAAGGCCGUCACGGCGUUCGAUCCUGCUGUGGCAGCUGCGACGCCGGCUGCUAUGAAACCUGUGUCGAAGACUGGAACGCAGCCUGCACCUGACCUGCUGGUUGGAGGAUGGGAUUGAUAGAGUUCUUGUCGUUUAGCUACAUAGUAACUUAUUCAUUCAUGUCCCAGGCGGACGACCCCCCGGUAACUUAACACAUCAUCAACCCAACCAUAUUUUUGACCAAAGAUAUAGC